CAGGAGGGAGCUUCCAGCGUCCCUUUAGUUGCCUGGUAUCCCAGCAUUGUGAAGCCCGACGUAGCGGCACCGACGGCACAACCGCGGCUCUUCGUGGCCGACCCCCUGGGUUACAGGCAACACAAUGGCCGCCUAUCACUGGGAGGCGAGGCGCAAGCAGAUGCAGCUGGAACGCCGGCUGCUGCAGAUGCAAGAGAAAGAAGCCAUUGAAGGAAAGCAGCACCAGCAAGCUAAGGAGAGCAAAGAAAUGCAGUCUGAUCAGCUGUGUCCCUAUGCUGUAUCCCCGGAUCUAUUAUCACAUGAGGUCCCCAAGCAAGACCGGUGCCCAUGUAACACUGACCAUGUGCCGAACCAUAGUGGCAAACUGCUGAAGAGGUACUCUGAUUCAGAGUACAUACAGCAGUGGUAAUGACUGAACAGCUGGCAGCAGCAAAAACCCUCACCUGUAAUUCUGAGUUGGUGGACAAAGGAUCACCCAUUUUUCUGCUAUAAGAAGUCCACCAGAAUGAACAAUGAAGAGUUCCUGGCUGCACAAAUGGGGGACCUUUCCUAUCGGAGAAUAAAAUCUGGGACUUCAGAGA